AUGCCAGUCUCUAAUCCAGUCUUUUAUGCCACGGUCAUCACAUUGCGAUGGGCCUUUGUACUAGGAUGUGCCCCGACACAUGGUGGAAAUUCUGAGGGAGCAUGUUGCAUGUUCCCAUUCUCGUAUAAUGGAGAGCAGUAUAACAGUUGUACAGAUAUGGACAGCAACAAGUUGUGGUGUGCUACUACGCGAGAUUAUGACGCCGACCAAAAAUGGGGUCACUGCCAAAGUUGCCAUCACACAUACGGCGGGAACGGAAAUGGAGCUUGUUGCCAGUUCCCUUUUGUUUAUAACGAUAUGAUCUAUCAUCACUGCAUUCGAGGAGACCAAGCUAAACCAUGGUGCGGCACAACGUACAAUUUCGACAGAGACGGCAAAUGGGGUUACUGUAAAGUAAAAGGUGAGAUUCUGUUAGCAUUUGGCCUUCGGUCUCCCUUUGCUGACCCUUAUGUCAACCACAAUACACUCCUGACGGAACUGUUUCACUUAUACAAGACUGAAAGCACAUACACUGAUUGUAUAUUUUUGUUCGCAACGGAUUGCAUCGGGGCAAUUAUUUCCGAGGUUGCUCGUGUGCCAAUGGUUACAAAGGAUACCUCACUUUCUCUUUCUGAGGACUGCGAUCUGAGUUGCUCGACUCCUCUAAGAGUAAGUUCUCGCUGCAAUUUGAAAGCCUCAGAUUUAGACAAAUUCACUUCUUCGUUUUCUGCUUGCUUACUCUACAAUGCAUGUCAGUUAAAACUGCGUGCACGCUAUUUAUCCACAGUUGCCAAGCCAAGGCCAACGGAAAGUAUCAACUUUCACGUCAAUGUACCGUGUCCGGGUAAUUGUCAAUCAAAGUGUGACGAAUCUUGUCCAGCCCAUUGUUGUUCCUCCACGAGCUCCUGCCCAUCGUACUGCGCGCAUUCCUGCAAACCAGCCUGCCCUGAUGAGUGCUGCCUCUUUCCUUUACCGGUAAUUCAAAAUCCUGCACCUGCUCCUGCUCCUGUUCCUGCUCCUGCACCUGCGCCUGCGCCUGCACCUGUACCUGCCCCUCCUCCUCCUCCCCCUCCUCCACCCCCACCCCCUGUACCUCCAGCGCCACCGCUGCAACUGCAAGCCCCUUCACCUCCUUCAAUUUUCAUUUCUGCUCCUUAUCCUCCACCACCACAACCUUAUGUACUACCAGCACCAUCCCAGACAUACCCAGUGGCUUUAGGACCGCCGGCUACCUGUCCAUCACUUUGCAACACUGUAUGUAUGGGCUCCUGUCCUGUGGCAUGCUGCACAAGAUUCGCCCCUCUAUCAGCCACACGAGUCUAUGUUCCACCACUUCCACCCCACCCACAGCCAUACUACGUUCAGCCGCCACCUCCACCUUAUUUUCAGCCUCAGCAACAACCAUGGCCAACUGCAUGCCCAACAAUGUGCAGGUCAAAAUGCGUCAGCACCUGCCCCAUACAUUGCUGUCAAAGAUCAGUGCUAGACAACCUUAGACGCUUAGCAAAUUCUCGUGAGCAACACAAAAAUGUUGCAAAGUCGCUAACACCUUCCACACCAGGGUCAACUCCACAAGAUCGUCUUCAUCAAUCAGCGGACCAAAGAGAAUCAACCAGUGCCCCCCAGCCUCCUCCUAUCUCUCUAUCGCCUUUGUUAUCUUCCUCAAUCAAGUGUCCGGACAUUUGUUCACGGCAUUGCACCAGGGUAUGUUCACGUGAAUGCUGCGCGGAAAAAGCCAAAGAUUUAACCUCAACCAGUGCGGAUGAUAAAGGCCACGUAAGACGCAGUAAAAUUCUUCAUAAGAGAAAACCAACGAAGAGACUUGUGGCUAACAAACGUAAAUUGUAAGAAAAUAAUUGAGAGUACAGCAAGUUAACAGGUUUUGAGCGAGGAAUGGAUAUCUUCUCUUAUUUACAAGUGACAAUAGAUGCGACAUCAUUUCCUUUGCUUUAAAACAUAUAAAGACAUUUAUAUCACAUAUGAUUAGGAUAUAUUUCUAAUCUCAAUUGUUGGGCGGCCACGAAGACAGAGUCAAAUGUUGCUUCCUGACAAAAAUCUUAUGUAGCAAAACAUGACAGGUUACAAAAAUUUGAAAAAUAUUAGCAUGUAUCAUAGUUUUAAAGUAUUUUACUACAUCUCUCUCUGGAGUAUGGCUAUUCAUUCAUACUUCAACUUCAGUAAAACUCAGACUUAAUUGUUUUGAGCAUGUUAUAAGGGUUUUUACAAGAAAAAUAAAAGAAACGAAUGCAGUAACUGUCAAGUUUCUAAGCAAAUAACUAGGUUUUUCCUUAAGGGAGAGUGGGAAGGGAGCUAAUACAAUUUCCCAAACAUAUUUUGCGGCUGGCUUCAAAUCAAACAUAUCAUAAUGGUGAAAAGGGCCUCAUUAGGAAAAUUUUCGGAGGCUAAAUGCUAACACAAAAUACCUGCAUUUCUUAGCAACCUAAAAGAAUGCCCAGAUAGGAACUGCCCAGAGGCACUCAUUCUGUUUAGGAAUAAUCUGCCUCUCAAGGAAAAAACAGGGUUUUAAGGAAAGAAAUAACGUAGUAACAGGAAAGUUAUCUUCCAUAUCUGAACAAGAAAUAGCUUAGGCCAUAAGAAUUUAAUGAUGGAAUCCUGGGAAGAAGUUGCAGAAUUUUAAAAUCUAAUUGACCUUUGGCCCCUGAGAGUGACUAGCACCUAAUUUCUCCUUACAAUAUCACCCCUAGAUCGCACAUUAAGAUCACAAGGAUAAAGAAAAUCAUCACAAAUUGGAGAAUUUCUUGGGUGGUCGGAAAUGUAUAGAGAACAGAAAGGAGAAUAUUAAUACUGAUGUUAAGGUGUACUGGAUAUAUAUCCCACAGAGCCGGCAGAGUUACCUCAGUACUCAACAUUAGUCAAGAAUGAAAAAAAAACUAUGUAGUUCGAAUGUUUAGCAGAAUAGUAUUUGAAAUUGUUUGUAUAUUAUCUCUAUUCGUGUACAUGUAAUUUCAGGUCUGCAAAA